GCAUGCAGUUUGGAGAAGACGGCGUACAAGGUGAAGGAGAAGGAGGGCGUGCUGAACGUCUCCAUCGUUCGAACGGGAGACCUGACAGUGGAGUCCUCUGUCCGUGCUUCACGCGCACCAUGUCUGCCAUGGUCAUGGACGACUUCGAGGAGAGGAGGAACACAGACGACUCACGUAUCGCCUUCCUCAAGGGAGAGAAGGUUAAAAACUGCACGGUGCACAUCAAUGACGACUCUGUGUUCGAGCCAGAGGAGGAGUUCCAGGUGCAUCUUGGGACGCCGCUGGGGGACCACUGGAGCGGGGCCAUGUGGGAGUUAGUGACAUCGUCACGGUAACCAUCACUAACGACG